UCCUUCCGAGUAAAAAAUAUAAAUUUACAUUAUAAAAGCGUUACCAGUUAUUAUUGUAUAUACACGCAAAAUUAUUAGGGAAUAUAAUAAACGAUUGGAUCCUAUUACAAAAACAUAUUUAAUCGUAAUUUUUCUCGUAUUGUUUAUUAGUAAAGCGCGUUACACGGAUUAGUCAGCUGUUCAUUGACUCCAAUCGAGUCGUUGUCAUAGCUACCACAUAAGCAGGAUACUUCAUUUAAUAAUAAAGUGUUUAUAUUUAUUAAACAAUUUUAAAUAUAUCCAUAUAUUUGAUUGAAAUAUGAGUCCAACACAAAAGUAAUAAUUGAACGGAUAUUGAACGUAACCUUGUAUGAUUUAAAAAGAAUUUUAAAUAUACUAUUACCGAAAUAAUGUCGGUAGAUCAUAAUGAAAAAUAUAUUUUUGAGGCUGAGUGGUACGAUAAAAUAGCUGGUAUCUUAAAGAAUUUUUAUUUGUUCUACUACCCAUAUGACAAUACAGUUGAGCUGUUUGAUAUAAAAGCAAGAAAAACAUUUCUACGAAGAACAACAUGCGAGGGCAUACAAGCAAAGGAUUUUUACGUUGGUGCAAUCGUAACAAUAUUUUCGCGAAAUAUAAAAAUAACAGAUUAUGCGGAUUGUGCUACACGAACAAAAUUGCAAAUGAAAAUGCAAAAAACAUUUGCAAUGGUAAAGUCAGAUGCUCUUGACUAUUUGGGAGAAAUAUUGAAACGGACAGUCUCCUGUGAUUUUCAUAUUGCAAACAUUAAAAUGGUUAGACUGACUCAGGAAGAAGCAUCAAAGUUUUGUGAAGGGAGAGACAAUACAGACACAGCGUACGUUGUAAAUUAUCUUAUCUCAGGUCCUAUUGUAGCUUUAGAAUUAUUGGGCGACCAUGCAAUCACACGUUGGCUUGAGUUAAUUGGACCAGAAGAUACUGAAGAAGCUCGUACUAAAGCUCCAAACUCGCUCAGAGCUUGUUAUGGAAAAGAUACUGUACACAAUGCCUUACAUGGUUCUUUGAAUGAAGAAAAUGCAGAAAAAGAAUUAAAAUUGUUUUUUCCUGAUUCAAAAGGCAGAAAUAAAGGACCAGCAAAUACAGCUACUUUGAAAGAUUGCACUUGCUGCAUUAUUAAACCACAUGCUGUUCAAGCUAAAUUAACUGGAGACAUUGUCGACGACAUUCAGAAAGCUGGUUACACAAUUUCUGCUAUACAACAAUUUAAUGUUAAUCCAUUUGACGCAGAAGAAUUUUUAGAAGUAUACAAGGGUGUCCUUCCUGACUUUGGGGCCAUGGUAGGCGAGUUACAAUCUGGACCGUGUAUUGUUAUGGAGUUAAAACACAAAGAUGAAAAGUUUGAUGUGCAGGGAGAAUUCAGAAAAUGGUGUGGCCCUAUGGAUCCAGACAUGGCACGACAAGUAAGACCAAACACUCUUCGAGCAAAGUAUGGGAAGACAAAAGUCCAGAAUGCUCUACAUUGCUCUGAUUUACCUGAAGAUGGAAGUUUAGAGGUCGAAUAUUUUUUCAAGAUUCUUGAUUACAGUUAAAUACAAGAAGGACCAACGAAAAAUACCACCAGUUGCCUUAGAUAAGACAUAUUAAUUCUACAUUUAUAUAAAUUAAUUAUUUAUGAUAAGAUCGAAGUUAAAUGUUAUUUCC